AUGUUCUAUUCAGAGACUCUCCUAUCCAAAACGGGCCCGCUGGCCCGCGUGUGGCUGUCCGCCAACAUCGAGCGCAAACUGUCCAAGUCGCACAUCCUUCAGUCUGACAUUGAAAGCAGUGUCAAUGCAAUUGUUGAUCAGGGCCAAGCGCCCAUGGCCUUGCGACUGAGCGGUCAGCUGUUGCUUGGUGUUGUGCGUAUUUACAGCCGUAAAGCGCGCUAUCUUUUGGAUGAUUGUAAUGAAGCCUUGAUGAAGAUCAAAAUGGCUUUCCGACUCACAAACAACAAUGACUUGACAACAACAGUGGUGGCACCAGGUGGCAUCACCCUGCCUGAUGUGCUGACCGAAUCUGAUCUGUUCACCAACCUGGAUACAUCUCUUCUUUUCCCCCAGAACCUAGACCUGGAGCCUGCAGGCAAACAGCCUGGCUCAUUGGACUUUGGUAGCCAACUACUUGGAGAUAGCAGUUUCCGCCGAUCCAUGUCCCAGGAGCCUCUCCGUCUUGAAGACCCCUCGUUGGUUGACCUGGACUUUGGUGAGCCUUUCGGAAACGACACGACUAUGGAAAUUGGUCGAGAUGCACCUGCACCUCGACCUAUGGAAGAGGACCUUCACAGUGACUCUGGAAAGCUCAUUGACAAUGAUGACCUGGCCCUCGACAUUGGCGAUGAUGGUGCUCCGUUGGAUAACAUGGAUAUUGAUAAUGACGACCACAUGAAUGAUAUUAUGGAUGCCCCGAUGGACUUUGGAGGCGAGGAUGACUUUGGGGGUCAGACCCCGCGCGCCAAUGGCGACCGAUUCAACCGUGAUACCGAAAGCCCUUUGUCUGACGCAGGAUCCGUUCAAAUGCAUCAACUUGAAGAGGAAUACAACCGUGACAUCUCUGCCACACCCGAAGUUACUGCAGCUCAGCACGCCCAGCGUGCCAAGCGUCAGAAGGUCCAGAAUCUCAUUCCCGCAGACAUACAACCGCAUUUCUCUAAUAGCCAGGUUAAGGAGCAGCAAGCCGAUCGCUCUGCCAUCCUAAAGCCCGCCUCUUUCCUGCCUCGUGACCCUGUUCUUCUCACACUUAUGACCCGCCAACAGAACGGCGAUUUCGUAUCCAGCAUCUUUGGCGAGGAUCGUGGUCGUGGGUGGGCUCCUGAGCUGCGUGGGUUGUUGUCUCUAGACUCGGUGAAGAAGGCUGGCGAGCUGAAGAGAAAGCGUGACAGUGGUAUCUCUGAUAUGGAUGUGGCAGCUGCUGAUGUUCCUGAGUUGGAACUCGGUGACGAUGAAGCUAUUGUUGCCCUUGACGAGGGCAUUGGUCUCGAUACAACUCUCAACCAGCGGUCUGAAAUUGACUUCCCUGGAGAUGAAGCCCAGGAUCUGCACCUCAGUGAGGAUGAAGGGAUGGAUGCGCCUCUGGAUGAAAUGGAAGACACCAUUCGCCCCGUGGACAACGAGCCUGUAUCUAUUGGUACAAAGCAUGCUGUUCACAUUCUGCGCGAGCAGCUGGGUGACCACGCUUCUUCUCAGAAGAAGAAUGUCUUGUUCCAAGAUCUGCUUCCCGAGCAGCGCUCUAGUAAGGCCGACGCGACGAGAAUGUUCUUCGAAGUCUUGGUAUUAGCCACCAAGGAUGCUGUCAAGGUCGACCAGUCCUCUAAGUCGAUUGGUGCUCCUCUCAAAAUCGGUGGCAAGCAGGCGCUGUGGGGCUCAUGGGCCGAGGAGAACGCUGCUGGUGCUGCCAGCCAGCUGAGCCAGGUUCUGUAG